AGGUUAGAUUUAGGGGGAAAGAUGAAGAGUGUUUUAACUAAUUGCUGUUUGGGUAAUGAUUUUAGUGAUUCAUCCAAUACAACCUAAUGCAUGUUAUGGAGAAUGUAUAUUGAGUAUACAGCACACACAUUUGCUCCAAUGGCGUGUUAAGGAAGUCAUUACUAGUAUGUUUAUCUUUAGGUAUUGAUGUUUUUCCACUAGACCCUAAAGGAUGAUGCACCACAGACACUCAGGAAGAACUCAUUUGUACCAGUCAUACUAUCCCAUUAUCUACACUGCAAACUACAAGUCAAUUUGUAUAUUCACCGUAUUAGUAAUAACCUCCAUAUUUGUUUCUUGAUAACCACUUCAGAUGCAGCUCAAGGAAGAAUAUUUAUAAUCAUUUCUUUAUCAUUUCCUUUACGUAAUAAUCACCAUAUUAAUAAUUUUGCACUGCAGACACGGUAGUUCUUCCACCUUAGUGUCUUGGUCUGAUUGCAUUUCCACGAAGAAAUGAUCAUAAAUGUUCUUCCUGGAGCUGCGUCACCCCGCAGCAGUCUGUAAUGGACUGGCCUGAGGUCUUGCUACAAACAAGCAGCUGCUGGAAGAGAAUAGGUGAGUUGUGUUUAGUCUCUUUGCUAAAGAAAUCAGGCAAAGUUAAAAAGAUAUUUGGUGGCUAGUGCUAUGGCUGGGACCCUAUAUGUACUGUUGAUGAAGUUAGGUGCUGUUCUGAGCAUUAUUUGUGGUUAUAGAGUGGCGCUUUUGUUGAGGUUUGUUUAUGGCUCCUCAGACCACUGUGUAUUGCUAUCUGCGGUCAGCAACAUUCAUCUCUCGAGGGGGUUUCUAACUCGGUGAUGCGACGUGUUUGACCCUAAAUUAAUUUUGCGCCGUUAUAUCCCUUUAAAUGUGAGUUACACACGUACUCAUUUUAACUUUCAAAGAAGCAUUGCCCUCCCCCAAAAAAACAAACAAACAAAAAAGAAACUCACAAAAAAAAUGUGACGACAGUGAUGCACAGCCACAUCACUGAAAAAUAAAAAAGCUAAUUGCAUCUAAAAUCUACCUGGGGACUCGACUUCUGCACCUCCACCACUAAUCUAUUUUAUAUUACACUCUUAACAAAGCAGGUUUUAAUACAAAUAAGUGACAUUACAUAAGAGUUACCAUGUGAGUUGGAUCAAACAGAGCUGCAUGUGUUAAUAGGUUACCCUUCAGAAGUAUAAUAUCACUAUAUGAAGAUCAGCCUGUGUUUGUCUUGGGAACAUUCAGAUCUGCACAGACUGUUAUCCACUCAUGUUGAUGCUCUAAUGGACAGCAAUGGCAAAUGUGACUUUUUCUUAUCAGAGGUCUUGAGUAACAACAUGAGUUUGCAUCUUUCUGGACUUGUUUACUGCACUCUGGGCUUUAAUGUGCAAUCCCCACGCUGAGACACUCCUAUCCACAGACACAUAGCACAGAGUGGGGACUAAUACGCAGAUGCUGCUGCUGGUCGAAGUUAGCCUACAUCAUCCUCUUGCACGUGAAUAACAGCUUGUGCUCUGAGUGCUGUGAUCCUUCAGAUGAAUGCUGUCAUCCAUUUCUAACUGCACGCGAUUUAAUUAGACACAAAGCCGUCUAAGUGUGAGUGCGCGAGGAUACUGGGGCUGAAUGAAGUCCAGGUCACAACAGGUGCAGCUUUAGCUUUAGUGCUUUUCAUUUCUCCGGACCUUAAGGUGUUUAAUGUGGUCAUUUGUUCCGUGCACCUGCGCGCACUGAGGCCUGAGCGCAGGAGCUUUGCGUUAAAUGCCACUGUGCUGACAUUAAAAAAACACAACAAGAGCGGCUUUGAAACCCUGCUGAGGUCGGGUUACUUACUCAGCGUAUCCGGUGGCCCACGGUAAUCUCCUGGUUUCCUUCAGGAUGAGGAUGGGCCGGGCUAUAUGGUCCGCGGAGCACUCAAUUUCAUCCGCGGACAAUCCAAGAAACUGCGGUCUCAUGUAGGGAAAUUUCAGUGGCAGUUCGGAACCAUUGCUGCCCCCUCCGCCCGAACCGCCCCCGGUCAUGAUUCCGCCCAUGAACCCGGCUACGGCGGACUUGACCCGGGUGAGCAUGUUGUUGGCGCGCCGCGGCGGGUUGUCCGUCGGCCGGUGCGCGGCGCCGCGGCUGCCUUUUCCCGGAUUCCCCCCCAGGUCGGCCGCGCUGGUCGAAGACAGGCUCGAUGGAGACAAGAGGCGGAGGAGGAAGAGGAGGAGGAGACCUCAAAUGAUCACAGCUUCAUUCAUUGAGGAUGGAGAAGACAGGCGCGGCCAGAGGGGGAACAACAAAAACAGCAAAGAUGCUUUAGCUGAGAGGCUGCACAGCUCCAUGGAGAGUCAUUGAUAACCGCUCCACUGUCGUGAACGCGGAAAUACACAGAGAUUAACUGGUCAUGUGACGCAACCGUGGACGCACACUGCAAAAAAUGCGCACGUUGAUGUCCACUGAAUAUUAAAGAUAAAUAAUUAUAAAUGUGUGUGAAUGGUGAGAAGAAAAUAUAUGUCUGUCUUCUUCAAGGUCUUGACCAUUUUAUUAUAACAGUCAGUUGUCAUUUUAGAUAGCUGGUUUACUUCCAGAACCGCUUCAUUGCAUUCAGAUGAACCUUAGCCCACAAUUAAACAAGAAUAGCAGUGUUUUUUUAAUGUGUGAAAUACUCACUCAAGGUUUGGUAGGCUGGAUGACUGUGAUGGUAUCAAGUAUUUCCUGAAGUGCAGGGAGGGCUGAAAUGGAUCAUUCUUAAGAGAGCAGCUGCAGCAUGAGGAGCUCACAGCUGCUGACUGGACUGAAGGUUGAAGGUAAGUCUUUCUUCAUUAUACCAACAUUUAAAACAUAGCUAUGUUAAAAUAACCAGCGAUCAUAAUGUGACUGUUUGGAAAUCACUUAGUGAACUGUUCUGGGUAUUUUAGUGGAAAAAAAAAAGUUAUGUUAAAGUUCAGGGAGCACAGAGAAGAAAUUAGGUUCUGUUGAAAAUCUACGUGUCAAAUAUUAAAGAGUGACGAAUAAUUUUCCCAAUCGAGUUUAUCUAAUGGAUAUGCUGAUAUACAAACAGUUUUUACGUUUUACAUUUAGUGAAGGUUCGCUGUUCAAAACUUAGACUAGACCAAAUUUAAUCAUUUUUUAUCAGAUGAGAGGAGUCCUUCAUUCAUAUUGUUUUAUUCAGAGGACUUACUUCAGAAAUUGAACAUUUUGCUUUAAGAGUCUCAUUUUACAAUUUUAAAAACCUAACCCUAACCCUGACCCUAAACCUAACCCUAACUUUACAAUAACAAUCUAAGUAAUGUUUAUAGGUGGUUUAUACACAACUUAUUAAUCAUUUGCAAAGUAUUACAAACAUCAGUUACAACCUUAUAAUAACCAUCUAAGUGAUGUUUAUAGAUGGAUUAAAAACCAAAUAUUAACCAUCUACAAAGUGCUAUUGGCAAACAUUUAAAUCUAGAUGCUUUACAACCAAUAUUUAAACCUUCAAUAAAUAGUCCAGUAAUAAUUGAUGAAAAUUAUUGAACAUAAUUUCAUUGCUUGUUAAUAGUAAAGUAACUGUCAACUUACAUCAAUAAACUAUUUGCCACUUAUAAUUGGUCUGUAUGUUGUUUUUAAAUUAUGAUUAAACAUUAAUAAACUAUCUAUUUAGCAUUUAUAAAUUAUGGUUAUUGUAAAGUGUUACCUAAACAACUUACAAAAUUCAGCCCUCCAUUGUAAACUUGAAAAAAGAUGGAUAGAUAGAUAGAUAGAUAGAUAGAUAGAUAGAUACACACAUACAUACAUGUGUAUAUAGAUAUAGGUAGAUAUAUGUCUACUAUCAGGAACUUUCAGCUUGCGCCCCCUACAGAUGAGAGAAUCUUUGCUUAUCUUGUCCUCUACCUGCUUAAGUAGCGUCUCCUUACUGUGGACCAUUGGAUGAGCCUUUUUUUGUGAAGAUUCAAGGUUAAAGUGUAAAAACAGGGAUUUUCUCCUCAGUAGCUUCACUGCCCCCUCACACUAGAUUCAGACCUUUAAAAUAGCUGUUUAAAAUUCACCAAUGUUGUCAGUGAUGGGUCUGCUUUUGGAUAUCAUGAAGGCCUCUAUACGCAUUCCAGUCUGUUACAUAGAUGUAAAAAAAACUCCUUGUUUAGAUUAUCCUAAAUUUUGGAUUUUAAACAACAGUUUACACAGAGUCUAUAAUUCUCUUGGACUUGUUUUUGAAGCCUACAUUUAGACCUGCAGACAUGGGAGAUUAUCCCUGUUUCAAUGGCUCACUGUACCAACAGACUUGAUAGCUCACUUUAAAGGCCAUCAGUGAAUAUGUGAUAGUGGUUGAUAAAACAGAGACUAAUCUAGAGAAAAGUCAUGGCAGUGGGGUAAACAGUUCAGCACUGUAGUACACACUAAAUCCCAGUAGAUAGAGCCCUCACACAAAGACAGAUACAGGUGUUCAGUCCUGUACAGCACUAACCAUACCUUAUAAAGUCCUGCUGUGGUUCAGAUCUGUCCAACAGCACAGGCACAAAAUAUUACAUUCAGUUGUGCUUCAAAUAAAUAUCUUUUUUACCCUGUGAGUGUUUUUAAAUCGUGGACACAGUCAACACCUGGUCAAAGUGCCAAAUGGGGACAUACACACUGCCUGUUGUUUGGCUGAUAUUGGUGAUUUGAUUUAAUCAGGCUCCGUCUAUGAGGGUGUUUGUCGUCUGCAUGCAUCUAACAGGUGUAGUAUGAUGACAGUGGUAACAUUGCUGCUCUAUUUAUAGACACAGGUCGAACUAGGUCAGAACAACAUUGCACAUAGUUUAGUAUUUUCUAAGGACAUAAAACUCAGAUGAUGCUGUUUUACAUUCAAUGGAAACAUUUUUUUUUUCAUGACCAUGAAAUAAUCAGUUUCAUUUCCAGUAUGUAAGUGCACAGUGUCCUCAACCCUUUUAUGGUCUUGCACUUUGAUGUAAUUGCACCACACAGAAUUUAAAAGAAGUGCUGCACUUCUAGGAAAUGCUGCACCUGAAGGCUAUCUGACUUGUAAUGGCCCAUUGGACUUGUCAUGAUCCCCGAGAUAUAUCAGGCCCUACGUGUUAGUGCAUGCAACACAGCUCCUGAUAUAUCAUGCAUUUACUAUCUACUACUGUUGAAUGCAAUUCAUUACUUGCAGGUCUCCCUGCAGAUGAUCCAGAACACAGCUGCCUCCAGUUGCUUCUCACGUCAAAUUCAAAACUUGGCUAUCUGUUCACAUUACAGAAACAAAAACAGCUCCUUCCCACCUGGGUCACUUUAUUCAGGCCCAGACUCCCUUCCGCCUGCAAUGCUCUGCCAAUGAAAGGCACCCAGAUCUCCCAUCACAACAGUCCCUUGAGAUUAUUACGGAAGUGUUUUUUCUUAAAUUGUAAAUCUUCUCUGUCCUAUUACCAGCAGGGAGUUGCCUCAAGACAUUCUUUUUUGUUGCUUUGUGUACAACGCCUCUCUGUAACAGAAUGCUCUGCCUCAGACGUUACCAGUUGUUCUUGUUGCUGCAAGACGAGGAAAAUAACUAGGCUGUCAAGAUUGUUGUGAGAAUUGUCCGUGUUUGACCUGCUGUAGUUAUCCCAGGUCAAAAGUGAUACAAAUACAUUUUAACAUGGAAAGUGCUUGCAAAGGGAAUCAGGCUAUCAGACUGUAAUGCUUCACUUUAAAUAUGAAAGUAACGGAGAUGUGAUAAUGGGAGCGCUAAUGAUACACUGGGACACCAGUGCCAAGAUGUUGGGGAAACAGAGAGACAUUACAAAGGACUAGUGAUGGCAGAGCUUUGUCACAGCGCCAAUGCAGACCCACAGGACUAAAGAGUUAAUACCAGCUAAGAAUUCUGCCCUGCCUUGCGGUUUAAGUAAAUUUCAGGAUGUUGAUUUGUUUUUUGGCCAGCAUUUGCUAGUUUUAUCUCACGUCACUGCUUUAACAGUGUUGUUUCUGCUAAAGCCGGAUGCUGUCUUCAGAGGAAGACUGAAUUUAGCCUCCAGUUGCUGAAGCUCAUAUGCUACAAAUAAAAGACAGUCAUUAUUCUUCAGCAAAACAAAGUCAUGUGUUCAUAUUAUGUGUCACAGACAGUCCUCCAAGCUGCUCGUAACCUGGCAGUAGCCGUACAUGUAGGACGUGCAGUAGCAUGCAGCUGAAAGGCCAAGAGGAAGUGUUCUGUACAUAAUCAUUUUGGAGUUAAAUGUCAGGGUUAAACCUGGCCAAUUAUGACUACCCGAUGCCUCAGGUAAAAGAAUUUUUGUUGUUGAGGGAUCAGCCAAAAGUUGGGAAACUUGAUCUACUCAUGAGCAUUUUAAAAAAACUGGAAUAGAUAUACCAGGAAACUUCUGAGUUCACAAUGUAGUUGUGUUUUUGCACAUAGUGGAACUUCUUUGCUCCAAGGUUUUCAAAAGGGUUUUACAGGGUGAACACAUCAUAGUGAAUAUCAUGCUUGUAUCAAGUUACAGUUCAGUUGUAUCCACCUUGAACCUCACAGAUGAAAGGAUAAAAAGGUUUUCUGAUAAGGACAGUUUCCCCUGAAAUUGUGCUUUUAGUACAAACUGAUGCAGUAGGGAAAAAAAAAAACAUUGUGAAAUUUUUCCUCUUUCAGGAAAUUUUGAUAAGGUGUCACUGCUUUUACAUGUUUGUGUUUGUGUCUGACACAUUCACACCUACUCCACUCAGUGACUGAGUGUUUUUCAAGUGUGACGUGUGUGGUGAUAAUUAAAAUGACAAGGAGAAGGAAAGAGGAUGUGCAGAUUGGCUUUAGGAAAUGCUGCUGAGGAGGAUACAGUUGUGCUUCUCAAAGUACAUCCACAACCCAGUAGCCCCGCCUCCACUGUGUAUUUAAACCCACUCUUUUCAGCUGCUUGUGUUUCAUUUUGUGUGCUUGGUUCUGCCCCAGCAUACAUCACAUUAGCUAUCAUCUCAUUUAAAGGACAAAUCUAGCUGUCAACACAUCCUACUGGGCGGUGACCUCCAGAAGAGCCACAUCUGUGACAAAUACAAGAGAAGCAGACUACAGGACCAGUGGAAGAAGUCCAGUGUUGAAGGGUGAAGAUGAUCCUGCUUGUGGCCUUACUGAUGUCUUCAUGGUGUUUGGGUCUGAGUGGAGCUGCAGCGCUUGAGAGGAUAGACAAAUGUGGCACCAGGUGUUCUAAGGUAAACCUUUACCCUCAAAAGGAAGUCCAGAUAAUCUUUGAGAUAAUACAGCUGUGUCCUAUGUUAAACUCCAGCUAUUUCCUCCUGCUGACGCUGCCUUGAAUGCUAUAAAUUGCAGUGUUUCCUAAAUAUGAAUCACACUCAUGUCUGUCAUAAUCCUGUGCUUCUACUACAACCACCUGCCCAGCUUCAACUGCUAAUACUACUAAUCUCAGUUUAGGGUGACAGGGCUUUGGAGGUAAACCACAAGCCACAGCACGGGUUUUCUCAGAAGGCUGUCCAACAGGAGUUGAUCAGUUUAAUUAGCUGCUGUAAUGCCAAUCCCUCACACUGAAUAACCCACCUGUUGACUCACUGUAACACACAUUAUGCAAUGGUGAAUAUAUACAUUUACGUCAAGGGUUUGCAUUGCGCAAGCAUCUGGUGUUGCAUGAUGGCAUAUUUUCUACUCACAUGAUCAUUGAUUCAAACAUGAGGAAACUAAUAGCAACAAAUUUAGUUGGGCGGAGGGUGGAUAGGUGAGCUCUUACUAUCUUAAAAUGUUUACUGGCUUCUGAACAGACUCAUGAAUUCUAUUUAUAAAUUCUGUUCUUUGUGUUCACAAUUAGGACACAUUUCUUUCUAUUUCCUUCUUUCUACUAGAGUAUGGUGGUGUGCAUCAACUAUCGGUGCUGAAAAAAUAUAAGCUAAUUCCUCUGGUAAAGGUGUAGAAACUGAAAUAUUUGUCACAUGGCUUGUAGUUUGCAAUCAAGACUGCACUUAAAGCUCCAGUGAGGAACUUUUAGUUUGUAUUAAUUUUGGCGCCCCCUGUGGAUAAAGCAGUCUUUGCUUAUCAGAAAAUGCAAAACAAAAAUCACCAUCAUGGUCUUGCUUGCUUCUGAAAAUGAUAAAAGACAUUAAUAAAAAGUUUCAGUUUAUUUCUUAGAAGUCAAAGUAAUACUCACAGGAGCUUUAAUAUUGCUGAUGCCGAAAAAUGCUUUUUCAAUGAUUGUUAUUUCUGUCUGAUAUGUUAGUUUUAGUAUUUGCUUGAUGUAAACACAAUUAAGACUUUGGACCAACACUUUGGAACAAUACCAAACUUGGGAUCAUAACAACUGUGCGUCAGUAUUAACUAGGUUGGGUUUCCUAUGAGAGCAAUGAGGAUAUGAAAGUCUAAUGACUGUCAGGGAAUUCCCUUCUACUUUUGAGCAGAAUUAUGAACGAGCUACACCAAAGGGUCACAGAAACGAGUAACACCCUGUUUAACAUGGUUGCCUUUGUUUUCCCUCUCUCCCCACAGGGCAUCCGCUGCAAGACCAAGCCACACUGUGAGUACAAACACACAAGAUAGUCACAUCUGCACUCAUGCAUGCAGGUUAGACAGGGCGUAAUGCAGAAAAUAGCUCACCUCAUGACUCAUCGUGAUGAACAACAAGUGAUGUCUCCAGCAGAUGAUGUCUGCGUUAAACAAUUUUGUUCCGUAAAACAACACUUAUAGUAGUUUCCAAGGCAGGCUUCAAAUUGAAGCACAAAAAUCAUAUUUUUUGACACACCCAUCCCAGCGAGGAACCUUCCACAAAUAACUUCCUGUCAAGAGCUUGAUUUGUUGUUCCACUGAAGCCAGAAAAGCAUCUUAUAGUACAUGUUUACUGAUGUCAAACUGAGCCGAGCUCAAUAUAAAACUAGGACGCUGUCAUACUGUUUUUCUUAUGCCUACUGUAGCUUAGUCAGGGCUGCAAUAUGACUGAUGAAAUACAUUUCUGUGCUGUCAUUGUUAAGUUAUUUCUACACUUUUAUGGAUGACUUAUGAUUGCUGUCAUUGUUAAAAACCCUGAUUUGGUAUCUAAAAGUAUCUCAGCCUGAAAAAUAGUGAGAAACUGGAAACAAGCUAAGCUAACAUUAGCUGCAACUUGUCUCCACUGUCCUCAGCCCACUGAAGGACAUCAAAACACCUUACAUUUACUGGGAAUUUUCACCUUGUUUUCACAGGUAGAUAAAAUAGAGAGCUGUCACUGAAAUAUUCCACUAUAUGAGCUGGUGAUAUAACUCAGGCAGCUAGGGCUGUUUUUGGGAGAAAAAAAAACAAAAAACUUGUGUUGCAGAUAUGCAAGCGACCCUUCUGCUUUUAGUUUGGAACAAUUGAAAAGAAAAAUAGCAAAAUGCGAAAUGUGCAUGGGCUAAGAACCCUUAAGAGGAAGUAUGUUGUUCUUCUUUAUCAAUGACAGGUGAAAACAAGCAGAGCUAAACAGGUUACCUCUUCUCUCCCAUAGAAACUCACACAGAGUGUUAACUUACACUGACUAUAAUUCCAUGCAUAAAAAGAUAAUUAGAACAUAAAAGCAAUGUUAACAGUCCUUAGUGCAACUCUAAAAGAUAUAGACCCAUGAGUAUAUCUAUACCUAUAAACACUAAAUGCACAUUUUUUCUGGCCCCAUCUUCUUCAGAUUUCUUUCAACCUCCAUGCCAGAACCCUGGUGAGGGUCUCAACGUCUCCAUCUUCCAAAACGUCAGCCUCUCCACGGUCAUGAGGUGUGAGGGGAGACAGAAAUGUUCGCUACACCUUCGAAUCAAAACUGCAUUACAACUUGCCGGUAAGAAUUAAUUUAAGCAUGACUACUUCUUUUAACAGCAAAUAGUUGAGAUUGUUUGAGGAUUUUAUUCAUGACUCAUUCGUUUUUUAAACAGUUGGGUUAUGAAAUGAGCAUAAUUUGGGGCAUUAUUUGACUCACAGGCAUGUGGCCAUUAGCAAUGAGGGUAAAGCCCUGCUUGAAUUCCACCACGGCCCGUGACUAGGAUGACUCAAAGUUGGGAUGAGUCAGCAUUUCCAAUAUUGCAUCUGAUAUUAAAAGACUUGAAUCUCUGCUUCAGGAAUCAAUGGGUAAUUUCACUAAAACUAUGUGAAUAUGUAGAACCUCACAAGCUUAGCAAUGCCUUAGAUGGCAGCUUCUUCCUGUUCUUUUGUACAAUUCUCUGUAACUGACCUUCAAACUCAUGGUUGUUCUGACUCAGUUUAUUCAAAUAGACGAGGAAGUUUCGGUUCUUAACGAUUUGACAUUGUCAGGCUAACAUGGCUGUGGCUCAAGAUCCUCAAUCAUAAAUGAUGACAUUUUAAGGAAGGAAGUGUCAUUUACAAAACCAGACUCUUUCCAUGACAACUCUUCUGCUUUUUGAAAAAUAAAUACAUCACUCUGUUUUUUCUGUUCCUAAUCUGCACAAAGAGUUGAUAAGGUUAUGGCUAAACACCAUAUCACUUAUCAGCUGCAGACUUACACGAAAACACUGGAUGUUAUUCACUGUCCAAGUUGGAGUAGGGGGAAAUCCCUCUCACCCUGUCUGAACCAAUAUUCACUCAGCCAAACUCCUCUUCCUGUAUGAAUCCUGCACAAAUGCCGACUCAUGACCAAAUGGGUCACUCAUUUUCAAGUGACUUACCAACUGGCUAACAGCUACUGUUUGAUAACUUCUGCAAGCCAUGUAAACUCAAGUUAACUUUUAACUUUUGACUUUUAUAUUUUCUUCCCCAGAGUCAAUCCGUGGUCUGUCCAUCUGCACCGUCACUGCAGGGAUGAUGUCCAACUGCGAAAUCAGCAGCUUUAAAAAAGCAUCACAUCAGUUAAAGGUUGGCAUUGUUAAGAAGUGGUGGCCUCGCUGGGAAUAAUUUAAAUUUGGUAAUUUGAUAUGGAGUAUAACCUGGACAGACGUGACAGUUUUUACUGCAUUUUUUAUCUUCUGUAGGUGGAAGUUGAGAACGAUUGUGCUGAAAUUUCUCCGAGCCAGCAUGUGAAAAUAACAGUGAAAACUGUGCCGAGCUACUGUGGCAUAACCUGGACUGGCACUUACAAAGCCCCGGGUAAGCACAUGUCGUGGUUAUACAGACACAAACUCAAUGACACAUGACCGGCAGGUAAUGAGUGAUAAAGUCAGUCAAUAACAGUGUGUAAGCUUUAAAUGCAUCCUUUUAUGGGAAAAGAUAUAACUCAGUUGACUUGUUAGAAAAUGAGAGCCUGUGUUAAUGAUGUACGAGUCACUCAUGCAGGUUAUCUAACAUUUAUGAUUACUUUUGGAUGGUUGCCAUGUUUAAAACUGUAUAACUUUUUUUUCCCUGCAGACUGCAGCAAUAUUGAUUUGCAAAGAAAUGUCCCAGAAUGCAUCAGUAAGUCAAUUUUUUUGCAACUUAUUGAGACAAUGCAUUGACAAGUUCACCCUCGAGUAUAAAAAGCUAAAAGUUUCAAGUAUUAUAACCUUUUUUUAGCCUUUAAAAAUCAUUAAUGGUCAGAAAGCUCAAGGCAAUUAAAUAAGAUUGUAACUCUCCUCAACAAUUGAUCCUUUUUACAAGCCAAAAAAUAAAUAACUGACAAGAAAAAUAAAAGACAGGAGCUUGGAGAAACAAAUAUGAAUAGUUUCAGCCUUCUUUUUCCAUAAAUCUGUCUUCAUGUCGGAAGCUGAUCUUGCAGGUUAACGAUUUUGUACUAACCUCACCCUCUGUCUCCACCAGCUGGGAGGCUGUCGUACAAAGUAAUUCCAGAGAAGAAGGAGCUGAGGGUCAAUGUAUCAGACAUGCUAGAGGAUCACGACUACCACCUCCGUCUGUGCAAAAAAGACUUCAUCUGCGCUGGAACAGGAGCGCACACACUGGUUGGUCCCACUGUUUAAUGAAAAUGAGUCAAUUUCUGCAGAUACCGCUACAACGCAGGUGUAUGAGGAUGAGUAAACGUUGCAUGUAAGGGUGAAGAUAAAUGUGAAAAAAAAAAAAAAAGAAAUUUCUGGUUACCUUGAAUUAUUAAAAGUGUCUGGGUGCCAUAAAGGUUUGUUUUUCUUCUAGAUUAAGAAAGAGGAACCUGUAAAGAGUGCCACCUUUUCAUUCCCACAGCCUCUUCCCUGCCUCUGCAUAGAGGUAAGUUCCCAAACCUCCAAGCACUAUUAAUAUCCCGUAUCUAUUACUAAUAAUUUCCACAGAGGAAUUUGAUCUUUUGUCUCUCAUGCGUUUAUUUGUCACAGGGUUGGUCAGCUGUAACUGACGCCCUCAGAGUUCAGGUCUGCCCCUUCAAGGACCGUGAGUCACUCUAAGUCACUUCCAUAUAGUGAGCAGAUUUCCCACAGCAAACUGAGAACUGAGCAUAAUCUGAAACAAGCCUGACCUCUCCUCCCUACAGGCAUGGAGGAGUUGUGGGUUGGCAUUAACUUUGACCCUCUCCGGGAGACGUUGUCAUGGGAGCCAGCUUGUCCAGUCACAGCAGUGGUUAGGUUGUGUCAGAUAAGAGAUGAUGGGGUCUGUGUGGAUCUGCCUCGUGCCUCCCAGAAUGUGAGCAGAGCAAAGGUAUGACUCAAAAAUGUUGUCACUUCACUUUCGCUGUACGUUUACUGCCUGUGAGCCAAAUGCAGCCAAGAUAACACACAUACUUCUGUAUGUACACCAGAAAGGUCAUCCAGAUCAAAUUGAAUGGAAAGCAAUAAACUGCAAUAUAACUGUCUGCUUUAGUCAGAGUAAUUAUUUUAUUAUAUUGGUUUUUCUUUAAAAGUUUUCACAGACUCAUACCAGAGCUAUCUAAACAACUGAGUCAGUUAGUGAGCAUUGGCGAGGCAGGGCUAAGGCCACAUUCCUGGGAAUCCUUAAACUACUCUGAGACCGGUUUUUAAUCAGACACUGUUGCUCGAUCAAACCAUGAGUGACGUCAGAGAAGGAAUUCCCUGUUAUAAAACAGUGGCCCUGGCAGUCUUAUCUUGAAACUGAAACCAGCAGACUAAGGAAAAAAGAAUCAAGUCUGAAUCAUAAGAAAGCAUGAAUAUAUAUAUUUAUAUAGAUAAACAUAGGGUUCUGUUCAGUCGUUGUAGUUGUAGUCUUACUACUUGCACACUGCUCUGUCUGUUAAUUUAAUUUCUUUAAUUGUUUAUUCUCUUAAUCUCUGUUUUUAGGUUUCCUUUACUAAAGUGGAUCCUCAUCCUCAACUCUGCAUGAAGGUAAAGGUCAUUUUCCCUCUUCGGCCUUUUAGGACUGUCAUAGUGGAGAAACAAUACAGCCAACAUAAAGGGUGUCAUUGUUAGCUUACAGCUAGUUUACGAAGUCACUGUUGUCUCUGUUUUCAUUAGUGUUCAGUGCUGGUCCACUAUUAAAGCUCGGUUUUUGGGAACAGUUUGACAGAACUGGACUCUUAAAUGUUUUUUUUAAGAGCAAAAUAGAAAUAUUUACAACACUUACAUCUUUGUUAAUGAAGCUACAACCUUCAGCUCAUCAGCUAAACUUUACUAAACAGUUGGAAUCAGGGACUUCUUUCCCCUCAGUUUUGUCUGAUAAUUGAGUCUAUCAUUUAUCAUCUCUCGGCGCAUGUUCAAGCAAGGCUACAGCAUCAGUGAUGGUUUAUGAGGAGGUGUUAUAGAGCCUAAGGAUGAUGACUUUUGCUAACUUGUGGUGAAUCAAGAAACCAGCAAAGAGGUGGAGAUAGGCCACAAUGUUGCCUCCAGACCACCUGCCAUAAUAUGCCUACCUGCCUCUCAAAUCAGACAUUCUUCUGAAUAUGCCUAAUCAUGCACAACUCCUUCAUAACAUCAGAUUAGCAAUAUUUAAAUUAAAUUAAAAAUUAGGUCAAGAGACAAAUAUCUUUUUUGCUAUUCUGGAAAGCACAAGUAUGUUUUGCACAGCUUGAAAUAAUUAAAAUUGAGGUCAAAAUGUACAUUUGUAUAUCAGAGACUUCUCUGGUACAAAAGGGUAAACUCUGUUUGACGCUGUAACUGCAGCCUUUUUUCAUUCCUGUAUAUCCUGGUUCACAACAAAAGCUCCUUAAUAGAACUAUUCACUGAAGGCAGUUUAGGAAGGGAUCUUACACAAAUGUCACAUUUUAACCAUCCUGUCUUAGAGUUAAUACUCUUCAUCAGCUUUUUUAUUACACUUGGAAGAAGAUUGUUGAAAAUUGCUUUGCUUUCUUCAGUUCACUACAGGCUCUCAGUCCUGGACCAGAUGCCCCUUUGCUGACUCAAGAUUUCAAGGUAACAUGAGCAUACAAAUUAUUAUCCUCAAGUUAUGGCACUGCUAGUCUCUGACAAUAAAUCUACCUCAGUGAUAUUUAAGGGCUACAUUUGAAUCAAAUCAUGUAGAUAAUAACAGAUAUUGUGUAAUGUGGCGCAUUUGAUGUAGUCAUCACACUAAUAAGUGAUCAUUUCCAGCAUGGGAGCUUGCUGAGACCAAACGUGAGGGUCACAAAAGCGUGGAGAUGUCCUCACGGAUCACUGCAAACUUUUCUGUUGAGCUUUGUGUAAAACCUGAAGGAUCUGACGAGUGCAAAGUCUCAGAAACAAGCAUCAUACAUGUGGUGAGUAUCACACACUGUGAGCCAAGGGGAGAAUGGUGGCACAGCAGAUCCCAGAUCAGAUUAUCCUUCUCUUUUUUUGUGAAGAACUUUUUAUAGAAGCACAGUGAAUACAGCAACAUCCAUACCAUUUUUUAAAAAGAUAAUACCCCCCACCCACCUCCCACCCCCUUGGCAGCAUCCCUCCCUCCCCUCCCAGGUCCCCCCUGGUCCCCUACAGUACAUUAUAGUGAGUGGUGUCCCUUUGUUCACAACCCAAGAAGCUUAUCCUUUAUCUGUGAAGCUGCAUCUAACCACAUCUCCAAAGUGGAGGCUUUAGCAUUAUUAAUCCAUGCAGUAGACAACUCAAGUAACACUAUAGUGUGAAAAUAAAUUAACCAUUUCCUAGAACUAAGAUCAUGAGGUGGUAGCCAUCUUUGCACCAGGAGUUUUUUGGCAGCUAUGAGGCCGCUCAGCAAUAGUUUACGCUGUUUCUUACUUAUAUGUAUUUGAAAAUCAUCUUUAAGGAGAAGUAAAAUUGGAUUGCAUGUUAAAGCAGUACUUAGUAAUUCAGAUAAGACUUUGGACACCUGGCCCCAAAAAGGCCUGGACAGAGGGACAUUCCCACAUCAUGUGUUUAUAACUUUAUAUUGCUUUAAGUUGGCACAUGGUACAGCUUGGACUUGGUAUCAGUUUCAUGCGAAACCUAGUGACAUGUGAAUAAUAGGGUCUGUGGCUCCUUUUGGUAUUUUUAUGAUAGUACUGGACAGCACUGUGUAACACAGUACUCCUAAAUAUGCCAUAAAUCCUUAGUUAACCUCAGCUACAGCCUGUUCCUGGUCCAUUGCUGGUGAACAACAAUUUUCUUCCAGAAUGACACAACUUCAAACACUUUUUUUGUAAUCAAUCAUUCAGGCCGUCUGGGAUAAUAACUCAUUUUAGCUAAUAUCCCGUGUACCUGUGCCCCAUGAGAUGUGCUUCAACACGUUUCUGGCGUUGUUGAAAGAAUACACUCAGUUCUGUGCAUGUUUCUGCGCUGACUCUAAGCUAUUAUCUAUCAUCAAUAAAUUAUACCCCUCUUGUGGUACUACUGAAAAGCGGAAUGCCUGAAAGCACAUAAAGAGACAAUAAAACCAAAACAGAAACCAUGAAGUUUCCAAAACACCAGCCUGCUCACGUUUCUUAGUUGAUUUCUUCCUUGUCUGUGUUUCUCAGGAGAAAAAUAAAGCUGUGGGCUUAACUUUGAAAGGAAAACUAUGCAACACUUGUAUCCAGGUAGGUUUAUCUCCAGAUACUUGUAAGAAAGACCUACCACAGAGGCAUUGAGAUUAGGACAGAUAAUGACUUGGAUGUUGUAUUUUGUAUUUUGAAAGGUCAAGAGGCUGCACAUAGACUUUGGUGCCACAGUCACGCACUGUUUCCAGGAUUGCAGUGAGUAUAACCCUUUUGACAACCACUCCCACAUUAUUCAGAAUUGGAAAUGGUUUUUUCAAUUAAAAAUAUUUAUUGUUCCAACAAGCCACAUGUUGACUCCCAUCCAGUUUCUAAUGGAGUACUUUCAAAAGUUCCUCUAAAGUUUGCCCUGAGUGGUUUCUUGGCAUCAUUACGGAAAAAUAAGAGUGUCAUUAACUGUACACAAACUUAGUUUGCAAUGACGGAUGCAGCCUGUAUGUAUAAACACACAGGAUCCAAACAAUUACAGUAUCUUCCUUGCACUGCUUUCUCAGCUUUAAUUCGAACUGUAGUUUCUCCUGAGUUCAACAGAGAACUAUGCACCCAACGUAUCACCCUUUAAAAAUCUGCGAAACACUGUUAAUUUGGCAGUUUUUGUAAAAUGUUAGAUCUUUAGUAUCCAGCCAUUCAACAGGAAGCUGGAACCGGUGAAGAACCCAGCAUACAAACACUUUUAAACUUACUCAGACACGUUUGAUACCCUAGCAUCAACUUCAAGUGUUGAAAAAUGAAGCCAAUGCAAAAACUGCCGUUCUUUAAGUGUCCACUUGAGGCUGUUUCCAAAAGCAGACCUCAUUGUCAACAAUGUAUGGACUUGUGUUUAUUUAUGCUAAAGCUGUUAGUUUGACAGCACUCAAAAACUCCCCCGGUAUCAUUUGUCUUUGGAUUCAGUCUUAUAUUUGUUGAAAAUAACUCAGCGUUUGAACCAGUGAUCAUCACUGUCACUUCUCCAUCAUGGACCAAUCAGAAUCAGAGGAGGGACCUUUGGUGUCAGUGUUGUAAACAAUAAUGGCAGAGGUCCUGACAGAGGAGUAACGAGUCUCUCCUUCAUUGUCAAGGUGCAAUUUUUAGGUCUAGAGCUGCUGCUGAGGCUUCAACAUGACCUCAUGUAAUACAUUUCUGUGUUUUCACAAUACAUUUAAAAUGUAACUGUAUUAAAAGGUAAUUGAACUGAGGCAAAUAUAAGGCAUACAGAGCAUUUCAAAUGAAACUUCACAGUCAUUAUUGCCAGAAGAGCUUCAAGUACAUGGCGACGGCAUGCGUCAGUGUUAAUACCAACGUGAAAAAAGGUGUCUAAUGACAAGGGACCUGAAAAUGCUCAUUUUAGAAGCCAAAUGGACAUCUUCUGGUAAAAACAAAACCAAUGGCAUUAGUCAGCAUGGCUCAUUUCAUUCUUUAUGACAACUUGAUUACACCAAGGUUAAGGAUUAUGUACAUUCAGGAAGACUGACAGACAGGGAACUGUUGUAGCUGAGAGCCCACCUUAACUCUGCCUCUUGGCUGAUUUCUGAAGUAGUAAAAAGUUAGCAUUAGCUGAGCUUUAAAACUCUUGAACUCUUUGAUACAAAAAAAAAAUGUUUGCUCUCCACCCCUCCAAGCCGAAUUGUUUCAACGCUUCUUCUGGCAACAAAACAGCAGAAAAAAAUAAAAAAAUAAAAUAAAAUGCACUAAAAUAAAAUAAAUAUUUUUUUUUGUGAACACUCAGGUUUACUUUACCAGAGUCAUGUUUUUUUUAAAUAAAAAAAUGGUACUGAUAUUUCACUAACAUGAAAUAUGUUUGCCAUGAAUCAUUUGUUGAGUCAUUUGGUCCUUUUCCGUUGGACUUUGACAAACUUUGAUUUUUGGAUAGAGAAACAUUUUCACCUAAGCCAAACUAAAACACUGUGGAAAUUCUUUAAAGUCAUUUUUCUAUUGCUCAGGCUUUUAUGUGAAAAGAGUAGGAGUGCAAAAACAGUGACUAUAAACUCCUCCACUGCUUCCUAGUUUACUCAACCCCUUUUCUUCCACAGAUAAAACAUCGCCCCUCAGCCUUGGCAUCUCCAGGCAGGCCUCCAAGCCCCUCAGAUGGGUUGUCAUUACUGCUGGCAUCUGUCUUUCUUGCAUCAUAAUUGUCACCCUGUCACUCCAUGUAAUGUUAACAGGUUGGUAAAUUUACUCUUUCAUGCCUGGGCUUGUUUUCUUUAUUGUCACUCCUUUGUGUUGUGAAAUGAAAGGGAACAAUUUCAGUUUCUGACAAACAGAGGCAGGAGUCAUUAUAAAAGCUUAAAUGCUGAAUACCUGCCUCAGGGAACAAACUAUGAUUAAUGGUCUCCGCUUCUUUAAACGACUACCGUUAAAGCUCAGGGUUUCUUUCUCACUGGUAUCAGAUCUUUUCAGACCAUGAUGGGAACAUUUCUGCAUUUUAAGCUAGAAAAACAACUUAGCUUUUGUUGAGUCAUGUACUUUUAUGCAUUAAAAUGUUUGCCACUAUGUCAAACCCAAGAGGUGCACCAUUUGGUUCCAGUCAGUGAUAAAUCUGAACCUUUUAGCUUCAUGUGCUGCUCUCCUGAAAAUGUCUUUACCCGGGGGGACUGCAUGUAACAACACAGCAAGCCUUGAUUUAAACACACUUUAACCUGCCACUCUGUCAUUUCUGAGGCUGUUUAAUGACCUACAUAGUCUACUUAGGUCACCCUGAAAGUGACUCAUGCAAUACCUCAGUGUGAAAUAUGUUUUGGUCUAUGUCAGGGCUGGGCUGUCUGGAAAAUGUCCGGAGUAGAUUUGGGAAACUGUCUGUCCUUUACGGGAAUGAGAGCACUAGAUUACACAACAAGCAAAGACAGAAGUCAGGCAGGUGUUUGGAUAAUUGCAGUUCAUUAGACGUAUAAUGAUGAUGUAUCAUGUAACAUGAAGUAUGAAUAGAAUUUCCCUUUGGGGGUCAAAAAGGUUCUUAAGUAUACCAACCAAACCUCAGGUUAGUAAUGCUUCCAUUCAUGAGAUGAAGUACGGUGUGAACAUCAUAUCAGUUUGAGCCACUUAGAAAGGAUUUCACUGAAAAUAAAAUAAGACUACCCCAAGGUUAUAUGCUCUACAGGACACUGGCACUGACACUUUAUCACGAUAUCUACAGCAAUAAAAACAACUUUGUUACCUAACUCAACUUGACUUCCUUAAUGGUGACCUGAAUUGCAGCGUCGUUCAUUUGUAGAAAAACUUACAUCCGUUUAUCAAACUGUUUCCCCCUUACCUGAAUCCCUGUGUGUUUAAUUUUAGUGUAUCAGAAGAGGAAACAAAAACGGGAUGCAGGCUAUACCUCUGAAAAGCAAACAGGUAAGAACAUGAUUUUUCUUUUCGCUGACAUUAAACCUGAUGAGAUUCCUUUAAUAUGCACCUGAAACCUAAAGAUUAUUCCUUUUUUGAAUAGAUGUCGCCCCCGAAUGUGUGAUCUCUGCUUUUCAAACUCAAGCCCUUGUACCUGAUUCGCCUCCAUGUUGGAACACAGAGAAGGCCAUCCUAAUCUCUGAUUGACCGCAGGACAGUUCUUGGAUCAAGAAUAUUAGAUUUGAUGCACAGUAUAGAACUUAGAAAAUGUUACACACAAAUAGUUCUCUGUUGAAUGCAGUGUUUUACAUAAGGGCAGACAUUUCAAAAGUUAUGUUUAUGUUAUUGUUUGAUUGCUUAACUGUACUAUUUCAAAGUUACUGGCUAUUGAUGUGAUUUUGUCUUUGGA